AUGAUAUUAUUUUAUAGUAGUGAUAAGGACGGUAGACGUAUAAAUGGAGUGGAUUUUCUAGUUAAUGAACUUUUAUUACCUCAUGUAAAGCAUUUUGGACCAGUAAGCAACCGAAUAUGCUACAUGCGCAUAGCUGAUAAAUAUGGUGACUUAAUAUUAAUAUGUGUAUAUGCCCCUACUGAAACAGGAUCCAAUGAUGAAAAGGAGAUGUUUUUUGAAGAACUAGAAAGGUUGUAUGAUAAAUUGCCUAACCACUGCAUAAAAAUAUUUUUAGGAGAUUUCAAUGCCCAAGUGGGAAAUGACAUAAUGUACAAACCUUGGGUUAGAGGAGAAAGUGCUCAUUAUAUUAGUAAUGGAAAUGGAAUGAGACUUAUUGAGUAUGCUAUCGCUAAGGACUUGAUCAUAACUAGCAACUUUUUCCCCAGAAAGCUAUAUAAGAUACAUAAGGUAGAUAAGAUAUAUAAGCACACUUAG